AUGAUAGAUAAAUUAGACAUCUUUGGUAGUUAAAUCUUCUUAAGAUUUAACAAAUAACAAACAUAUAACACAAGAUUAGGCUCAUACUUUACCCUCAUAAUAUAUGUACUUAUCUCUUACAGGCUAUUUGGAUUAAUUGUAGAUCUAGUUUAAGGAAAUAAUCCUGAGGUUAUCUACAACGAAAGAUAAGUUGAUGAUCCGGCUAUAUUUAAUGCGUCAAGCAAAAAUUUUCCUUUAGCAUUUGGAAUGGAAAAUCCUAAAGAUUUCAAUCACUUUAUUGAUGAAAGCAUUUAUACAAUCACUGCUUUUUGGAACUAAAAACUUUUAACUUUCGAUGAGACUACCUAGUAGUAUAUCUCGACUUGGUAACAAAAUAGCAUAAAUGUUUAGCCUUGCACAAUUGAAAAUUUCUAAAAUCUUGAAAACUAAAAAUACUAUCUUCAGCUUAACUAUACUAAUAUGUAUUGUCUUCCUCCCGAUUUUGAAUUGCCAAUUUAAGGGGACUUUCCUUCUAAAGUUUAUUCAGAAAUUCAGAUUACAGUUAAGAAGUGUACUAAAAAUUGUUAAUCUUAAGAAAUUUUAGACAGUUUUCUUUAAAAGUCUAAUUUUGGUCUUUAGCUAUCUGAUUCCUAUGUAGAUCCAACUAUUAGUGACAAUCCAUUCAAAAUUUACUCCAGAGAUAUGUUUUGGUCUACUAGUACUGAGCUCCCAAAAGAUGUGUACAUUUACAUCCGUAAUAAUUAUGUUUACAGUGAUUUCGGAUGGUUUUUUCCUAAUGUGGAAACUUAAAGAUUUCCUGCUUAUAGUUUUUCUGAAAAUUAUGAAUAUCCUCCAUCAUUUUAGGAUUAUUUUCUUACCAUUCGUUUCAGAUUUGAAAAGCAAAAAGAGAGUGUCUAUAAAAGAUCAUAUAAAAAAUUCAUUUCUAUUUUUUCUGAAAUUGGAGGAUUUACUUAGAGUUUUCUUGCAAUUGGAUAUGUGCUUUGCAAAAAAGUAUCACAGACAAAGUUAGAUAUUGACCUUAUUAACAAAGCUUUUAAAUUUGAAGGGAAUUUAAAAAGCAAAUAAUAAAAUGAGGAAAAAGAAGUAAAUGAAACAAAACAUGAAUAACAAAAACAGGGAAAUAAAAAAAAGCUUAAAAAGUCAAAAUAAAGCUUUGACAAAAGUUCGAAAGUUAGCUUUAACAGCAGUAAUGAGAAUUUGAGAAAAAAUCAUUAAUAAAACUUUUGUUUAAAAAGUUAAAUAAACGAAAAUGCUUAAAAACAAGUUCUCCUGGAAAGCCCCCCCAAAAAAAACUUUAUUUAUGAGGAUUAAAAAUCUGAUAAAGUUUAUUGCAAUUUAAAUGAAUAAGAUGCAGUUUUGGAAUAAAAGGAAAAUAAAAAAAGUAAUUAAUUAAAAAUUUCUUAGCUGAUGAUGAGCUAUUUUGAAGAUUAGAGCACAAUAUUAAAAAAAUCAGUUGGGGUAGCAGAUUAGCAAAUUAAUAACUUAUAAGGCAAGGGAUUUUCUGAGAAAGAAUAAGAGAAAAGCCAGAAAUAAGUUGAGGAUAAGUUCAAAAGACACUUUGAUAAUUAAAUGAGUUCUAUGUAGCUUAGCAUUUGGUACAGAGAAAAGCUUUAUUAUAACAUUGAUAUAUUCAACAUUAUCCAUAAAUUAAAUGAGUUAGAAAAGUUAAAAAGACUUAUUUUUGAUCAAGAUCAGCUCAAACUGUUUGACUACUUGCCUAAACCCACCAUCUAGACUGAUAUUUCUAUGAAAUAAAAAGAUAAAAAACAAAAUAUAGAAAUUGACUUGCUUUAUCAAGAUAAUAGAUCAGAAUUAUAAAAGGCCUGUGAAAGUUUUAAAGCCUACCAAAAUAUAGCUUAUAAAAGUGAUUAAUCCACUUUGGAUUAAAAAUUAAUCAACUAACUUGAUCCUGCACUUAAAAAAAUGUUCGAAUAACUAAACGAAAAACCAAUAUUAUUCUAAAAUUAAAUAUCAUAAAAUGAAGAAAGUAAAACAAUAUCUUUUUAAAAUUUAACUGCUUCAAUGAAAUAAUCAAUAAACUUAUCAAAUUAAAACUACAAUAAUAACUUAAGUAAACAUGGAAAAGAUAAAAAUUCUUUUAGGCUCAUUUUAAACCCUUUAGUAUCAUCUAAAAAUUAACAACCCAAAAAACCAGACUAUUAAAAUCAAUAAUUUAGCAAUUAAACUUAGGAGAGUUAGAAUUAAGAUGAUGAAUUUGAAGAAAUAAAUCAAAAUAAUAAAAAAAAGAGGUUGAAUACUUUUAUAAGUAAUAUGAAUUAACUAUCUUAAUUAUGA